AUGACAACAUUAUUCUAUGUAGUGCGUAAUUUAUUUAAUAUUGCUCGAUUAUAUCCUCAGAAGGUAGCAUUAGUGCUUGACGAUCAAGCAUGGACUUAUAGCGAGUUGAUUAUGCAAGUAGAACGUGUCGUACAUCAGUUACAUCAAUCAGGCGUAGUUCAAGGUCAAAUAAUUUAUCAAUUUGUUGAACGAAGCUUUGAAAUGAUAUGUGGCUUUUUUGGCAUCAUGUAUGUAGGUGGAGUGUAUUGUCCGCUAAAUCCAGCACUACCGCCUGGUCGUCUUAAUGCACUUCUCGAACAAAUGAAAGGUCAAUAUGUUUUAGUACAUGAGAAAACUCGUUAUCAAUUUCCAACAGCAACCGUACAACAUGUUGUUGUAUUGGAUAAUAUUCUUCUGUCACUAUUAUACAUCGAAGACGCAAAUGAUCUUAUAAUUGCUAGGGAGUAUGGUGCUGCAUUCAUCGUUUUUACUUCAGGUACUACUGGCCCACCAAAAGCAGUUGUUCAUACACAUAAAAGUUUUUCGGCUGGUAUUGCUGGUCUUACUGGAUGGGACGUCGGUGCGUUUACCGUUCGAGAUCACGUUCUUCAAGUUGCUACACCUUCAUGGAUUUUACAUUUUAUGGAAAUCUCAUUGCCAUUAGUCGUUGGUGGUACUCUUGUGCUUCUGCGAGAAGGUGGUCAUUUAGAUAUGGCAUAUUUUUCUCAAACUCUAAUACGUCAACAAAUAACGGCAUUAAUAAUAGGUCCUUCAAUAAUUCGAGCUCUUACUGAUUAUAUUGAAAAUACCCAGCAAACGAAAGCAUUCGAUACUGUGCACCAUCUUUGUACGACCGGCGAAGCACUGAAGCCACAACAGUGGACUCAAUUUGUUAAUUUGUUAAGCUCUUCAAAUGUUCAACUUUCUGUUCUAUAUGGUAUGUCCGAAUGUAUAGGAGCUCUCGGAUGUCAGUUGUUAAAUAUCAAAGAAACAACUAUUCCUAUUGGAUAUCCAAUCUCAACAAUUCAAUGUUUGCUAAUCGAUGAUGGUGGAAAAAUUAUUCCUACUACAAACAAUUCAAAUAAAAUUGGUCAAAUUCAUAUACGAGGACCAAAUUUAUUUAACUCCUAUCUAAAUGAUCCCGAACAUACAACCAGCAAGUUUACAACCAUAAGCAAUCAAGUUUAUAUGAAAACAGGUGAUUUGGCUCGAUAUAAUACACGAGAAGAGCUUGUUUAUGCUGGACGUGCUGAUUUUCAAAUUAAAAUACGUGGUCAACGAGUCGAAACAGGUGAAAUUGAAAACACGAUUAUAAAUUCGUAUCCUGGCAAGAUUUCCGAGUGUGUUGUUACUAAACUGGUACAAAAUGAUGAUCUACUUGUCGCAUAUGUGGUCUCAAAAGACUCCGAGCUCGACACUGAACAAAUUCGAAAUUAUUGCAAUAAACACCUAUAUCAAUACAUGGUACCAUCCAUUUUUGUCUUCUUGGAACAGUUGCCUUUGAAUGCAAAUGGAAAACUCGAUCGACAGCGUCUUCCAAUACCUGAUAUCGCAGUUCUAUCGACUGAUGCUAUUGAUGGUCAAUAUUUAGAACCGAAAAAUGAAUUGGAGACGCUUGUUCAUUCGGUAUGGUGUAACAUCCUUGGCUGUACUCGUAUCUCGACGCGAACUAACUUUUUUAGUAUUGGUGGUCAUUCUCUUCUAGCUAUUCGAAUCUAUCAACAUUAUCGAACGUUAUUUGAUUUUGACAGUGAAACAAUAAAUACUCGAUCAUUCUUUGAACAUAAUACCAUUGCUGAACAUGCAAAACUACUAGAAAAUAUUAAAGUUAAUAAUAUACAAGCAAAACAAUGGCACACACUAUACAUUAAUCAAUGUAUUGCAUCAUAUGCUCAACAACGUAUAUUUCUUGAUGAACAAGUUCGUUUCUCUGGCCAAAUUGCCAUUUACAAUGAGCUAACUGUUCUACAAGUUACAAACGGUUCAUUAUUAGUGAAUCGUUUAUUACAAGCACUUCACUAUGUCCUAAGCAAGCAUACGAUAUUAAGAACUUCUCUAGCUUUCAAUGAUGAGGAUAGUAUUUUAAAACAAUCUAUCACUGACAAGCACCUAACAUUUACAUUGGCUGCUGAUCAAAUAUUCAAAAGUGAAGCUGAACUUCAAACCAUUAUCUCACAAAUCAAUACCGAUCCUGAUUUGUUCGAUUUAUCAAGUGGUCGUGUUUUUUAUUGUCAAAUUCUUAGGCAACAGAUGAUACCUGAUGAAAAUAAUAAUAAAGAAAUUAUUACAGAUUCUGAUGUUCUCGUUAUCGGCUUUCAUCAUGCUGCAAUUGAUCAAUCAAGUGUCUCAAUUUUUUUAAAUGAUCUAGAUAAUGCUUACAAUAGUAACAUGAUGUUGUUAGAUAAUAAUGAAGAACCAUUACAAUAUAUUGAUUAUAGUGUUCAUGAGCGUCUAAUCAACAUGACAUUAUCACGUGAGUUUUGGCGUUCUCAACUGAAUGGAUACAAUCAAGAAUGUCGAUUGUUAUUGCCAGUUGAUCGUGAUUGCUUAUACAGUGAUCAACGAUCUGGAUAUGCCUCUAUUGCUCGUACUUCAUUUGAUAGUGAGGUCUCGAUAUCAUUUCUCAAUUAUGCAUCAUCACAUCAAAUUACACCAUUUCAAUUAUGUCUGGCUACAUUCUAUGCAUUUCUUUUCAAAUUAACAUAUCAACAAAAUGAUUUAUGUAUUUCUUGUCUCAAUGCAAAUCGAUAUAGAACUGAAUUACAGAACAUGAUUGGAAUGUUUGUUUCAACAUUACCAUAUCGAAUUCAAGUUGAUCCUGAUUGGUCAUUUGGUGAACUUGCUGAACAUGUGCGAGAAAAAUGUGUAUCAAUUCUUGAACAUUCUCAUUAUCCAUUGCAACAUAUUCUUACUGACUCUCAACUUAAGCAACCAAACAUUUCAUUUCUUGA